GGCAACCAGUCCGACUCGGGCCGUCGGGGCGAGCGGAGCGCGGGACAGAGCAGGGCCUGUGGCACCCCAGAGGGGCACGUGGUGGACGCGGCCGCCGCGCCUCGCGAGGUGAAGCUCGCGGCCCGGGCCUGCAGGUCACGGCGGCGGCGACCCUGCCGGUGGGGCCCACAAGGGCCCGCGGGGGCCCCAGUGCUUUACUCGCCGGUGUCCGGAGACAGGCACCUCCACGUCGACCACCACCUGCACGUCGGCGACCCGCCCGCCCGCCCGCGACUGGAACUGCGCCGUCGCGGAACAGGGCGAGACCGUGAGGUUGAGACAUGGCGGGCAUCACCAUGGACCACGACGCCCAACGGCUCAACCUGCUCGGCAACCUGAGCCAGCUGUACAAUGUCUCGUUCGACGACCUGCAGCUGGCGCUCAACCUCAGCGCGCAGGCCGAGCAGGCUGACUGCUACUGCCCCUCAGGAGUCCGUGAGGUGUCCGCGGCGUACAGGGACUACCACGGCUACGUAUCGCUCGUCGUGUGCACGGCCGGCAUCCUGGCCAACGCCAUCAACCUGGCCGUGCUGACGCGGCCCGCCCUGGCCACGGCGCCCGUCAACCGCCUGCUGACUGGGCUCGCGGCCGCCGACAUGCUGGUCAUGGCCGAGUACGCGCCGUUCGCCGCCUACCUGUACCUGUCGCCUCCGCGGUCGCACUACUCGCGGGCCGGCGCCACGUUCCUCCUCGUGCACAUGCACUUCUCGCAGCUGCUGCACACGGCCUCCAUCUGCCUCACGCUCUCGCUGGCCGCCUGGAGGUACAUCGCCGUCCAGUUCCCCCAGCUGGCGCCGCGGCUGUGCACGGACGGGCGGUGCUGGCUGGCGCUGCUGCUGUCGCUGCUCACGCCGCUGCCGCUGUGCGCGCCCUCGCUGCUCGUGUUCUCGGUGCGCGAGACGCGGCGCAAGCGCGACGACGGCCGGCUCGUGUCGCGCUUCCACGUCGACCUGAGCGAGCACGCGCGCCGCCACAACCAGCUGCUCUACGAACUCAACCUCUGGUUCCACGCCGUGCUCGUCAAGCUCCUGCCCUGCGCCAUCCUCACGGCCAUCAGUAUAUCGCUGAUGCGGACACUGUACACGGCCAAGCAGCGCAAGAAGCAGCUGAGCGGGCAGGGGCAGCCCGUGGUGAAGCUGUGCCCCAAGCAAGCGCACAACAACAACGCGCGCCGCUCCCGGGCCGAGAAGCGCGCCGACCGCACCACCAGGAUGCUGCUCGCCGUCCUGCUCCUCUUCCUGGCCACCGAGUUCCCGCAGGGCGUGCUCGGUUUGAUGAGUGGCGUGCUGGGCCGGUGCUUUUUCCGGCGAUGCUACCAGCUGUUCGGCGAGGCGCUCGACAUCCUGGCACUGCUCAACGGCGCCAUCAACUUCAUCCUGUACUGCGCCAUGAGCCGGCAGUACAGGCAGACCUUCAGGCAGCUGUUCAGCCCGGCCUGGCGCCUGGCGCUGGGUCCCUGGUGCCGGAGGAAAGGCGUCCAGUGCGCAAAGAGUGUGAACGGGUCCGUGCCCGCGCCGCGGGCCCCGCCGGCGCCUUCGCCUGUUUCCGCCAACGGAGUGGUUGCCGCCGGCAACGCCUCCUCCGCCGCCUCCGCCGCCGCCGCCUCACCUGCUGCGCUCUGCGGGCAGACCACCGCCCUUUGAGCGCCGUCCUCCCCACCUUGUCGUCACCGCCGUCACAGCCGGUGUGCGGUCCGCCGUGCUGCCGCCGCACGCCCCGCCAUCCCCCGCCCCGCCCCACUUCUAUAGUUUGAACCCUCCCGCGCCGCGGCCCCCGGCCUGGGUGCAAUGGGCAUGAAUGCUAUACUCAUUUCAAAGUUUCCCGCGUCUGAGUGUGGGCUGUACCGGACGGACAGAGCUUGAUCGCCCCGCCGCGCCUCCGCCUCCUCCUUUGACGUCACUCACGACACCACCACCGUGUUCCUUCCCACCAUACCGCCGCGCCGCGCCGCCCCGCCCACCCCUUUCUCAACCCUUUCUCAGGCCCUCUUUCCUGAUCUCGUCCGGGAUCUCCCACGUGGCCGGACUUAUCCCUCUGAGCUACCCCCGUUUCUUUACCCGUCCCCAUUUCCCUUGGCGCCGGCCUAGCAGUGUCUCAAUGGAAUCAGCGCGGUGACCAGUGGCACGGCACGGCUGAUGGGAUAAGACUCCCCCCACCACACAUUUUCCAGACCGAUGGCAGUUUUGUUUAGUUUGUAAACGCUUAUGAAUGAUUUGAACUCGGCCAGUCUAUCCAAGAAGUAAACUCUGUCGUAAAGUACUUAAAGUAGAGUUAAAAAACAUGAUCAUUUUCUGAUCUGAUGAACGGCGUUAAUGUUUCUGGGGAUUACCUAAACGAAUUUGCCUCUCAUUAAGGCGCAAUGAAUAAUUAGAAGGCCUCGGGGAGGUCACGCUCGAGGGUGGUGGGGUUUUGCGAUGCGCGCGGCGCGUUGUCGAAAUUUAUUGGGUCGGAUGCAUUAUCGAUGAGGUCGGUCGAUCACCGGCCCUCGUUACACGGGCGCUCGGCCGUGUCCAGGACCUUGGGAAUAAUCUCGUGAUGUUGUGAACUUAGCCGUAAGUAGUGUAUAUAUUAAAAAAACAAAUAUUGUAUGAAUAACUUUGUACAUUUUUUUUGUUGAACCAAUUCAACUUUGUGUGUGAGGAAGUGUUUUCUGUGGACGUUUUGCUGUAAACUUGGCAGUAUCAUUAACACGAUUCAAACUUUUUUAAACAAUUAUUUAUAGUCCAUAUGUACUAAAAUAUUACAAUAAAUACAUUUAUUGACAGA